CCUCCGGGACGGCGGGAGCCGCAGAGAGUGCGUGGGCGCGGCGCCUGUAAGCUCCUGGGGAUGUCGAGCGAUCACUAGAGAGAUCCCCUCCCGGCCAGGCCACCACAGUCUUCGCCACCGCCGUGAGGCGGGGCCCGGGCCGGGGGCGGGGCGCCGGGCAGGCGCGGCGCUAUUUCCAGCCCUGCGGGAGGCUUCGCUCGCACUUCGCUGGGAGCCUUCCCGGCGCGUGAGGCGAAUCCGGCAUCGCUGCGGGAAGGAGAGAGGACCAGGCGGUGGAGGCGGGGGACGAGCCGGGGCGAAGGCCAGGAGGAGCGUGGCUCCGCGCCCUCUCCCUUUCCAGUGCGCUCGGGGCCCCGGCCCCAAACCGCUCGACCGCACCGGGUUCCGCAAGAAACGAGCGAAGGCGCCGGGCAGGAGCCGGGGUGGAGGACCUGCCUGCCGCCCGGGCGCCCCGAGCGCAGGGUUCGCCUGCCGCGGAGGAUCGCUGCCGGACCAGAAGAUCACUUGGCUUCCCGAGCGCCGCCUGCGCCAGCUUGCACCCUGAUGGAUGCCUGGUGUGGACAAUGAGGGAAGAACGCAUUUCUCACACCAGAGAGGUAACUUUGGAGUACACCCUGGAUGACCCUGCGACCUGGAACAAUGCGGCUGGCUUGCAUGUUUUCAUCCAUCCUGCUGUUUGGAGCUGCAGGCCUCCUCCUCUUUAUCAGUCUGCAGGACCCCACAGAGCUCGCGCCCCAACACAUGCCAGGAAUAAAGUUCAACAUCAGGCCACAGAAACCCCACAAGGACCUCCAACCAGGUAGUUCCCAUGAUGGUGACGUGAAAGUAUCCACAGAGAGAGUCACACAAGAUUUGUCCAGCCGGACCCCAAGAGACCUCAAACUGCAGGUCCCUGACCAGCCUCAACUGUAUCCAAAGACUGGGGCCCGACUGCGACCCCGGCAGCGACGGCGGAGGCUGCUAAUCAAAAAGAUGCCAGCUGCAGUGGCCAUCGUGGCCAACAGCUCUUCUGAGACCCUUGCCCCUCCAGGACACCAGGCCCCGGACAGCCACUGGGUCAAGCUGCACCGCAGUCAGCAGGAGCGAAAGCAGGUGAUGCGGGAAGCCUGCGCCAAGUACCGGGCAAGCAGCAGCCGCAGGCCAGUCACGCCCCGACACGUGUCGCGCAUCUUUGUGGAGGACCGACACCGUGUGCUCUACUGCGAGGUGCCCAAGGUGGGCUGCUCCAACUGGAAGCGGGUGCUCAUGGUGCUGGCCGGGCUGGCCUCGUCCACCGCGGAUAUCCAGCACAACACGGUCCACUACAGCAGCGCCCUUAAGCGCCUGGACACCUUUAAUCGCCAGGGCAUCCUGCACCGCCUGGGCACUUACACCAAGAUGCUCUUCGUGCGCGAGCCCUUCGAGAGGCUGGUCUCGGCUUUCCGUGACAAGUUCGAGCACCCAAACAGCUACUACCACCCGGUCUUUGGCAAGGCCAUCCUGGCCCGGUACCGGGCGAACGCCUCACGGGAGGCGCUGCGGACGGGCUCUGGUGUGCGCUUCCCCGAAUUCAUCCAGUAUCUUCUGGAUGUACACCGGCCCGUCGGCAUGGACAUCCACUGGGACCAUGUCAGCCGGCUGUGUAGCCCCUGCCUCAUCGACUAUGACUUUGUGGGCAAGUUUGAGAGCAUGGAGGAUGACGCCAACUUCUUCCUGAGCCUCAUCCGAGCACCUCACAACCUGACCUUCCCGCGGUUCAAAGACCGACACUCACAGGAGGCGCGCACGACCUCGAGGAUCACCCACCAGUACUUCGCACAGCUCUCAGCCCUGCAGCGGCAGCGCACCUACGACUUCUACUAUAUGGACUACCUGAUGUUCAACUACUCCAAGCCCUUUGCAGACCUGUACUGAGUGAGGGACAGGGCUCGCUGGCCAGGACGGCCGCCUGCCCCAUCACCUGUGUGCAGGACCACCUGUCCUUCCAGCACUCUGCAUCCAGAGCUGAGACGUGCCCAGGGCAGAGCUCUGAGGAUGUGGGGAGCUGUGGCUGUGGGACACAGCAGGCUCUGAGUGGGGGACAGUAGCCUUAGAUGGGGACCUUGGCCAUUGUCCCUACCCACUUCCUCACUCAUCGGCCAAGGGAAGUGUGAGGACUUGGCUGUUUCAGGAGCUCAGCUAAGAGCUAUGAUGACCAGGGAAGCCUGAGGCCCUAAGGACAGGGGCCCCAGCAGUAAGGGAUGUCCUGCAGUCCCUUAGCCUUUGCCUUGUACAAACCACGCGGUUUGCAGCUUUUCUAUGACCUGGGGGGAGGUUCUGAAUAAAGCACUUGGUUUUCAGAGCA